UGUUGAAGUGUAAAAAAAAAACAAAAACUCUAAACAAACCCAGCAAUUUAGCCAAUUUAAUGCCGUUUCUUUUUAAUUUAUAAAAUACCGCCAAAAACACUUAACAAUGAGCAAGUUUGCGAAAUUUAAUGGCAAUGACGAGGACGAAAAUGUAAUCGAGCAGAAAUACGCUCACAUAUUAGAUCUGGAAAAUCCAUCGGUAUUGGACAACAGUUCUGGAAAAGCCAUUCGCUGCAAGUGGACAGACGAAGAGGUCGAAUUCUUUCUGGGAAUUGUACACCAAAUGAAACUGCAAUCUCCACUGCGAAAAGCACGCAAUGAAAAGGUGUUCAAGGUGAUAUCCAGAGAAAUGGGCAAACGCAACUGUCCCAAGACCCCGAAGCAGUUGAGGAUCAAGUUCCAACAGUUGAGGAGGCAGUAUGUGAGGUGCAGAAGGAGUGGCGGUGAGCCGUUCGAGCACUUCGAGGCAGUCCACGAGUUGCUGCAGGGAAACGGAGCCUCCGAUCUGGAGGCGGAACUGGAGAGUGACUCCGAUGGGGAGGCCGACGAGGACCAGUCUGUCCAGAUUUCGGAAACCGAAGGAGAUGAUGCCUUGGACGCAUCCUCUUCGUCGAUUAACAUAAAUGCCCGUUGCAAGUGGACCAAAGGCGAGGUGGACCUUCUCCUAAAUCUGAUCCACUCCCUGGGUCUGCGGGCUGCUUUGCUGCGAAAGCGCAAUGCGAAGGUCUUCAAGCUGCUGGCCAAGGAGAUGGCGAAAAGAAACUGCAAAAAGGGUGCGGACAAGCUGCGCAUCAAGUUCCAGCUGCUGCGACGGAUGUACAACAAGGUGAAGAAUGGCACCGGCGAGACCUUCGAGCACUUUGAGGCCAUGCGACAGGUCUUGGAUCCCACGGAAGAGGAGGCGGCGGCCGCGGAGGCUGAAGCGGAGGCCAAUCUGAGUAGCGCCAGUGAUAGUGAGGAAGAUAGCGAUGAGGAAGAGGGUGAUGCCUCACAUAAAAGCGGAGCUCACUUUUGGACGGACGACGAGGUGGACUCCUUUCUACUCAUCAUAAGGGCAAAUGGCUUCUUUCAAGCAUUAGAUGGCUCGAGGAAACGUAACUUUCAGACCCUAGCCCAUAUUUCCAAUAUCCUGGAUAAGCAAGGCAUUAAACGCACUCCCCACCAGCUGCGCAAUAAGCUGAGAUUGCUUUAUAAGCGGCAUCGAGAGGCCAAGGAACACGGAUUGGAGAAUGUGCGAAUUCUGCCCCGCCACUUCGAGCUAUACGAUGACCUUGUCCAGGCGCCGCGCGAAAACAAAAAGAGUGUCACUCCAAGGCCCAUCCGCCACAUUAAAACUGCCUUUGCCAAGCCAGCAAGCAAACCAAACGUUCCGCUGGAUAGUGAUAGCGAAAACUCCAGCUCUACCUGUGAUCUUCUGCGAGCCGCUGCCGACAGCGAGGACUACGAGGAUGCACCGGAGAUGGAGGUGGAACCAACGCCAAUCGAAGCACUCUCUGCCAUUAUCGAGGGCCAAAAGCAAUUGCUGGCUCAGGUCAGAACCGCCAACGAAAGCUUUCUGCGGCAGCAACGCGAACAGCAGCAACAAUUUCUGCUGCAAGUUUCCGAUCUGAUGCGCCGCGAUCGAGAGGAGACCUUACGCAGGAUCAGCGAAAUGCUGCCACCAAAAUAAUCGAGUCCCAAAUCAAGCUUCUAAAACUUUUAUUGAAUUGAAUUCGAAGUUAUUGCAAAAAGUUGUCAAUUUUUAUAUGUAUUAUAUGUAUGUA